AUGGCGGCGGCCAAUAUUAAGAGUUGUGGUUUACUUGAUUUAAAGGCGUCGAAACAUGGCGAAGAAAGGGGUGAAAAGUUUUGGAAUACUUCGGUUUCUGAGAUGAAAUUUACAGUGGAGCAAGAGUGGAUGAAAGCUGUUCGAAAAGCAAAACAUAAACCAAAUUACGGCAUGCUUAACAUGGAUGACCAGCUCGAAGAAAUAAUCGGCAAUAAACUAGAAUUGGUAGGCCCGAUUAUCGACUGUUAUUUACGUGAAAUCGGUAAAAGUUUACAGUCUAAGCUGAAGAGAUCUAAAGCUACUGGCCUUGUAAAUCCUGUGUCCUUGUUUAUCCCUUGGGCGAAUUUUCGACACAUACUAACCUUGUGUCGUGGUUAUUCGGGUGAGAUUAUCUCAAGUCGUGAUGGCGCAAAACAUAUGGUAACUUUUUCUCAAAUGCGAUCAAUAAAAAAGCUUUUCUCGCCUGCUCGUUUCUCUGGUGAAACCUGGUUUGCUACAAGGCAUUUUAAAAAGAUUCCUUCAAUGACAGGGAGAAAAAGAGAAUCUGUCUACAAUGGAAAAUCAGUGAUAGUUGUUUCAAAAUCUACACCAUUUUGUAUUGAUUACAGCAUGAAGUCCCAGAAAGUCAACGUUUCAUUUUAUAUUCAAAGAUACACAGGUGAUAAUUAUGCGUUGGAUUCGGGUCUCCAGGCACUUAUGAAUAUAAGUUCCAGUUAA